CAUGUCAUCGCAACCACUCGUCAGUCGUCUCACCCAGAGUUGGAUCAACUCAGAGACAAACACCCGAAUAGACUCCAUGUCCUGCAACUGGAGGGCACUAAUUAUAACAGUUUCCCGCAGUUUGUUAAACAAGUGGAGGCUAUAGUGGGUGACCAGGGAUUGGAUACCCUGAUAAACAACGCGGGAAUGGCUUUUCGGGAUCGUUUGGAUUCAGUGACCGCCGAAGUUAUGGUCAAGAAUUUUGAAGUGAAUUCUGUGGCACCGCUUAUGUUAACCAAAGCAUUGCUGCCAUUGCUUAAGGUGUCGGGGGCCAGAGGAAAGACAUCCGUAAUUAACAUAUCAUCCACUAUGGGAUCCAUAAGCUUUGAGCACAGGGAGGGCUAUACCUACUAUGCCUACUGUACGAGUAAAACAGCACUCAAUAUGAUCACCAAAUGUCUGUCGGUUGACCUCAAGCCUCAUGGCAUACAUGUGAUCAGUAUAUGUCCGGGUCAUCUGAAAACAGAUAUGGGCGGACCUAACGCUGCGUUGGAAGUGAGCACCGGUGUGUCGGGUGUGCUAAAUGUUAUCAGAAAUAUGAUUACCGACGAUAAUCUUGGCAAAAUGAUCAGUCACGAUGGCACUAUCGUACCAUACUAAUUUUGUGAUCUUUAUACGUAUUUGUGUACUAGAUCAAUUUUGAAAUAAAAUAUUUCUCUCAUAUA